UACUCAGUUUCGGGCUUGUUUUUGUUUUUGUGCAACACAUAUAUAUUUUUUGUUUUAUUGAUGCACAAUUGAUAAGCGCUCAUAAAGAAGAAAAGAAAAAUACACACUUAUAGCAAUAUCAGUUUGAAACAUACAAAUCAAUUCUGCAAUGAGUACGCGGUCAGGGCGUGCGUUUAAUUGAACAUAAGACGCCGUUAAACGGCUACGGGAAUAAGAAGUUCAAAGAUGCCAGCAUCACAGACUAUUGCAGUAACUGCUGCUGCAGCUGCCGCUGCCAUAACCACGACCAGUGUACCCAGCGCAGAAGCCAGCACCAAUGCACCAGCGACAACUGCAACAGCCUCAGCGACGUCGGCAACGGUAACCAAUGGCGCUAUCAACAGCGGACGCCAUCAGCUGCGACCAGUUAAAUAUGAUUAUGCGGACUCAUUUGCCUGCACAUAUAUUGUUUCGGUUGUAGCCGCCUCCAUAGCCGAGCUGGCCACUUAUCCGCUGGAUCUCACAAAGACCCGCUUGCAAAUCCAAGGCGAGGCCGCCAGUGUGGCCAGCACAGCUCCCACCAAUACCAGAAUUGGCGGCAGUGCCAAAGCCAACAUGCAAUAUCGCGGCAUGGUCGCCACGGCCUUUGGCAUUGUACGCGAGGAGGGCGCCCUCAAAUUGUGGCAGGGCGUGACGCCGGCGCUCUACAGACACGUCGUCUAUAGUGGCGUGCGCAUCUGUAGCUAUGAUCUGAUGCGCAAGGAGCUAACCGCGAACGGCAGCCAGGCGCUGCCCGUUUGGAAAUCUGCUCUAUGCGGCGUCACAGCCGGUGCAGUGGCUCAAUGGUUGGCCUCGCCAGCGGAUCUGGUCAAGGUUCAAAUUCAAAUGGAGGGCAAGCGGCGAUUGAUGGGCGAGCCGCCGCGAGUUCAUGGUGCCGCACACGCGUUUCGCAAGAUUGUGCAACGGGGCGGCGUCAAGGGUCUGUGGAAGGGCAGCAUACCGAAUGUGCAGCGUGCGGCAUUAGUCAAUUUGGGCGAUCUGACCACAUAUGAUACGAUCAAACAUUUGAUCAUGCACCGUCUACAAAUGCCCGAUUGCCAUACGGUCCAUGUGCUCGCCUCCAUUUGUGCCGGCUUUGUGGCUGCCAUUAUGGGCACACCGGCGGAUGUGGUGAAGACGCGCAUCAUGAACCAGCCCACCGACGAGCUGGGACGUGGCCUGCUCUAUCGCGGCUCGGUGGACUGUCUACGCCAAACGGUUGGCAAGGAGGGCUUCGUCGCUCUAUACAAGGGAUUCCUGCCCUGCUGGAUACGCAUGGCGCCUUGGUCGCUCACCUUCUGGUUGUCCUUCGAGCAGAUACGCAAAAUGAUUGGCGCCUCCAGCUACUGAGGACCUAGCUAUUAAAAGUCAAAUACCAAUUGUUUGGCAUUAAAAUAGAAUCAAAAAAGGAAGAAAUUGCAAUCGAUAUUUAAACAAACAAAAAAACAUAUAAUUGUUAAUUACUAUAUUGUUUUCUGGGUUUUGUUAAACAAGUGCCGUUCGCUUUAAAUGGUACAAAGACUCUUAAGACUGUUUUUAUCUAUGCCUCCCCGUUUGAUUCUCGCUAUCGUUGAACUCUUCAUAGCAGACUUUACGACAUUCAGUUAAUUAUGCCCAAAAACUAAGAUAUUGAUCCAUUUAAAU